CUCGGCGUAAACUUUAGCAAAGUUUCUCUGACACGAUGCCGAAAAAGAAGGAUAAGAAAAGCGGUGAAAAACAAGACGAAGACAAGAAAACAGCGAAAAAGGAGAAGCCUGUGGAUAAAAAUGGUUCUGACGACAAAGAGAAGGUUUUGUACCUGACUCAAAUACGAUAUUUGAACGAGCAGCUGGAGAGAUAUCAGCUGAAAUGUGAGGAACUAGUGAGGCAGAAGAAGGACGAAAACUCUCAGUACAGUGCACUGGAGAAAGAGAAAAAGGACAUUGUCGAGUAUCUGAAACGCACCCUGUUGGAGAAGGAGGACGAGGUGGAGGAGCUGUCAGAGCGCCUGGAGACUCAGCAGCAGACUGCCAAUAAGGACAGAGAUGCCCUGCUGCUGCAUUACAGCCAGCUGAGGCAAGGCCUUCAAGACCGGAUAAAAGAACUCACAGAGGAGAACAGGACACUUGCGGCGAGGCUGGCUAGUCUGGAGGAGUUUCAGAGGCAGAAGGACAAACUGAUGUCCGACAAGGAGUCUCUGGAGAAGCAGCUGGAGAUCCAGAAGGAGGAGCACAAAGCUGACGUCCACAGCCUAGAGAUGAAAGCACUGCUGGAAAAGAAGAGAGUGGAGAAGGAGAUGGAGAGCAAUGUGGCGGCCAUGGCGGCAGAGGUGCAGCACCUGGUGGAGCAGAAGGUUCCCGAGACGACCAGGGUGGCCCUUCAGGAGAACACUGAGCUUAAGGCUCGGUUCAGCCGCCUGUCGGAGCAGGCUGGGGCCCUGAUGAAGGAGAACUUGGCCCUGCAGGAGCGCAAGAGUCAACUCAGCGUGGACGUGGGCAUCCUGGAGCAAAUGCUCAGCGAGCUGUCCCGCGAGAGCUGCGUCCGCAAGAAGGUGGUUGAGCAGCUGACAGAGAAGUGUCAGCAGCUGCAGGCGGAGCUGAAGGUCUGCAGGCAGGAGCAUCAGCAGCUUCAGACCGAGCACAAGGGCGUCCUGGCCGAGAUGGAGGCCCUCAGACAAGACCGGGCCUCACUGUCUGAACAGCACAGUAAAAACAGAGCCAAGGUGAGCCGGCUGGAGGCAGAGUUACAGGAGGAGAGGAGGAGGAGGAGCAGGAUGAAGAGCAUCAUGCGGGAAGCAGCCGACACUCUCAGACAAGCCCUGAUGGAGGCCCCUACCGAGCAGCAGGGCUCGGAGGCGGACUUCGGCGCCGUCCGGUGGAAGCAGCUGAUGCAGAGGCUGCUGGUGGUCCUGGACAGACCCGCAGUCGCCAACUCCACCGCUGAGAAACUGGAUGAGCCGCAGACCUCUGGCCCUGCAGCAGCCAGAGCUGAGACUCUGGAUCCAGCUUUGAGCUUCCAGUUUCAGCUGGCCCGCUACAGGCCGGGAGAUCUGGGCCUCGUACCCCCUCCUGCACCGAAACACAAACGCAUUCUCCCCGGGGCGGGAUCCGGGUCCAUUCUGCCACUGCACAGGAAACCGUCCAGUCAGCGGACGGCCAGCUCCACGAACGUGACCGAUUCUGCCGUCAGACUUUUGCCCUCCAGACGCUCAGUCACCAAACUCAAAGGACAGUUACUAAAACUCAGUUCCUAAAACACUAUCAACGUUUCAUGUUACAGAAAAAAAAGUUAUCUCUCUAAAAUGCCACGUGAUAACUCCGUUUGCAAAGCGAUCGUGACUUCCUGACAUUUCUACAUAAGAAAACAGAUAACUGACAAUACUUGUGGCUCUACUGCGAUAACGUGACGAGCAGGCGACACACGAACCUGCUCCGUCCUCUGAACGCAACCUUGAACAUACGGAGAAACUUCAUUGUGUGAAAUCGGUGAACGCGUCGUCUUGCAGCCCGAGUUCAUUUCUUACUCCUGCUUCAUCAGGAUGAUGAAGGCAACAUGUGCCAAAUCCACGACUCAGACUUAUUGAUAAAAGAUUUAUUAAUAAAAAUGUCAACCUCCCGUCAACCACCACUUGGUUAGGAUGGGUACUUUUCCUUCAGCUCAAAAGUAAGUUUUCCUGGGGCUGCAACUAACAGUUAUUCUCAUUAUUGAUUCAUCUGAUGAUUUAUUUUCUCAAUCUUAAUCUUUUGUUUUAUAAAACAUCAGAAAACUGUGAUAAACACGCAUCACGAUAUUCGAAAGUACCUGGUGACGUCAUCAAACGUCUUGUUUUUUUUGGGUCCAACCAAUCAUCCAAAAAUAUUAAAGUUACUACGUUCAACAGCAGGAAAGAAAAACAGAAAACUAUCACAUUUUAAAAGAUUUUUGCUUGAAAAGUGACUGAAACGAUUACUUGAUUAUGAUUGAUUAAUAGUUGGCGAUUCAUUUUCUUUUGAUCAAUUGAUCAACUUAUCAAUGGAUAUAUAUUGUGGAAUAUUACUUCAUCCUGGACUAUUCAAUUUACAAAGAUGAAAUUCUUAAUGUUGUUUCAGGUCAUUCUGGUUUUUUCUUCUUCCUGUGCUUCAAGUUUGUGUCUCGGGCAUUUUUACACUUUUUGUCUCUGGGUGAAAAACAAUAUUUUGUAUUGUUCCAUUAUUGACUGUCAUUGCUUCUGAUCAACACUAUGAUGAAUGUACACGUGGGAGUAUGUUUUCAUAAAAUGCUCUGUGUGUUUCUUUAUCUUAAAUA